AUGCGGCGCUCCCUGCAAGGCGGAUUACGCCUCUGCCCUGUGCGGACCGAGGCUUUCAAGCGCUCAUCCGCUGUCCGCCGCGGGUUUAUAUUUAAAGCGAAGCAGACGCGAGCAGGCGGCCUUUCGCUGCUGGCGCCACUACCGCUGCGUUCAGACGGCGACUUGCGAGAGCUGACGUGUCUGUCUGUGCUACGCCACGGCUGUGACGGCGCGCUCGGCCGCUCUGACCGCGAUCCGGACCGGUUGGGGCCCUCUGGAAUUACAUACCGGCAGGCGGCCGGCGCGGCGCGCCCACCGAGGAGCAGGCCCGCCUGCUUUCUGUCGGAUCGGCUGCCCGGGCCCCUUCCGGCCCGAGGCGUAGCCCCAGGGCCGGCGUGGGCGGCGCGGGAGGAGUCGCGCGACACGCGCGAGGGCCAGAACGUGACGCUGGAGUGCCGGUACGGCGCGCCGACGGAGCGCGCCGAGCGCACGUACUACUGGACGCGCGCGAACCGCCGCGGCCAGGACAACGUGGCCGUGCAGCGCACGCCGCUCGACACCCGCUACGCGCUCCACCACCGGCCCGAGGAGGGCGUCUACGACCUGCUCAUCACCAACUCCAGCUACGAGCUCGACCACGGCCGCUUCGAGUGCCACAUCAAGGAGCCGGGCACGGGCAAGAGCCUGCACCUGCAGGCCUACGAGCUGACCGUGCUGUCGCCGCCGGGGCCGCCGCAGGUAGCUCCCGGUCCUGCGCCCACGCUCACCGAGGGCAAGCCCGCCGAGCUAGCCUGCUCCUCCGUCGGAGGGUCGCCCUCCCCCACCAUCAGAUGGUACCGGGAUGGCAACACGUAUCCUCUGGAGGCGGAAAUCCGACCGUCUAAGUGGAGGGACUCCCCGACGACGGCCGUUCUGUCGCUGACUCCUGCGCGCACUGAUGACGGAGCCGUCUACCGCUGCGUCGUCUGGAAUCGUGCCCUGCCAGAUGGGGCGCGUCUGGACACCAACGUCACUCUUAGCGUCAACUACUUCCCGCGCGUGGAGGUGGGCCCGGAGAACCCGUACCGCGUGGAGCGCGACGGCACGGCCACGCUGCGGUGCUCGGUGGACGCGCGGCCGCGCGCCACCUCCAUCGAGUGGUCGCGCGAGGGCCACGUCAUGGCGAGCACCGAGCAGCUGACGGUGUCGCGCGUCACGCUGCAGGACGCGGGCCGCUACACCUGCUCCGCCAGCAACGGGCUCGACCGCCCGGGCCAGGCCGACGUGCUGCUCGAGGUGCUGUACGCGCCCAUGGUCUCCAUCGACAGCGGCGCCGGAGGUACCGUCAGCCACCGCGAGGUCGAGGAGGGCGAGACCGUCAAGAUCAGAUGCAAUGUCUCAAGCAAUCCAGCCCCCGUCACAGUUGAGUGGGUACGAGAGGGACACCCUGAAUUUCGUCAGAAUGGUCAUACUCUCUUGCUGAGUCGAAUAACAGCUGAGGCUGCUGGUACAUAUACCUGCAGAGCUGUGAAUUACCUCAAUCCAUCAGGACCCCGCAGAGGACGACUUGAGAAGGUGGGGAAUGCGAGCAUAUCACUCCUGGUGCGGCACCGACCAGGCCAAGCUUCCAUCUCUCCAGAUCGUCCUGUUGCACAGGAGGGAUCAGGUGUGACCCUAACUUGCUCAACAAAUCCUCCUGGCUGGCCAGUGCCUCAGUACAGGUGGUGGCGUGACGGUGGCGGUAGUGGCAUAGGUGAUAGCGGUGGAAAUGCAGUUACAGUGCUGGCAACAGGCUCGAAGUACAGCAUACCAUCGGCACAACUGUUCUCUGAGGGUCGCUAUAUGUGCCAGGCCACCAACGAAAUGGGACCUGGGGAACCAGCAUCGGUUACACUUGAGGUUUACCAACCACCUAGAUUUCUUGCCAAACUGCAGCCACACAUAACAAAAAGGGCUGGCGAUGCAGAAUUUAGUGCAGUCUGCAAUGCACAAGGCAAGCCAAGACCUGUAGUUCGAUGGCUGAAAGAUGGGAGAGAGCUGACUCCUGACUCUAGCCUCCUAGAAGUCUCCACCGAUGAAAAUGUUGGUCCACGGGGUGUUGUAACUGUGCAAAGUUCAUUAAGAUUUGUUGGUAGCAAACGACCUGGUGGAAAUACUUUGAUCCCUUCUGAUCGUGGUGUCUAUUCCUGUGUGUUUGAAAAUGAAGUAAAGCGUGCUGAAUCCAGCAUGCAUCUUCUCAUCGAACAUGCACCAGUUGUGUUGCACCAGUAUGAUAAGGUUGCAUAUGAUCCUCAAGAGACUGCAGAAGUGGUAUGUCGUGUACAAGCAUAUCCAAGGCCAGAAAUCCAGUGGAGCUAUGGCACUAACACUGCAACUCUCCUACCAAGCAGUCACUAUGAGAUCAACAAUACAGCUGAAGGCCGUGACACUUACACCAGUAUACUUCGUGUGUCAAAAAUACGUAGCUCUGAUUAUGGAGAUUACUACUGCAGAGUGACGAACAGCCUUGGAUCCAUAAAACCUGCCAUUAGAUUACAGCCGAAAGGAUUACCUGAACACCCAAGAUCAGUGGAAGCCACAGAAAUUGGACCAAAUUAUGUAGUAAUAGGAUGGGAGCCAGGCUUUGAUGGAGGUCUUCAACACACAAAGUUCUACGUGUCAUACCAAAGAUUAUCUGGCAAUGAUGCAGUUUCUAGCAAUUGCCAUACAACUGGUGUCCCUGUGAGAGCAAGUAACAGUGAUGGAUGGCAAGAGAUGGACUGCCACAAAAAUAAUCCUUGCAAUGUGACUGAACUAGAACAGCACCAGACAUACGUUUUCAAAGUGCGUGCUGUCAACAGUAAAGGCCACAGCAAUUACUCAUCAGAAGUGCGUGCAACUACAAAAGUGGAUAAACUUGCUCCACCACAGCAAGUGGGAUUUGACCCAGAAAGUAGAACUCUGUCAGUCCUGACAGCACCAUCAUGCUUACGACUGUUGGGCGUGGUAGAAGCCACGACAGGGGGUGUCGAUUGGCGACCAGUAGAGCGACUGCCGUUAGCUGGUGGGCAGCUGAGUGAAGUUCGACUUGCAUCCCUCGUUUUACCACCUGCUGCAGCAAUCACAACACCUGGAGAAGGCCGGCAGUACAACCGGGGAGGAGCAGAGACUUCUUCCACUCCCCGGCCUCGACUGCGUGUCAAGCUCUGUCUUGCUGCAGAACAAGAACACUGUAGUGACUACACUGAAGCUGAGAUUGGGCCAUCAUACAUAAACAAGGCAGGAGCAAUUGCAACACCUACUCUUAUUGCAAUCAUUGUGUCAUGCAUUGUAUUUGUGCUUUUUGUUGGCCUUGUGUUCAUCUUCUGCCGUUGCAAAAAGAAUCAGAAUAAGAAAACAAAAUCAAAAGAUUACGAGAUGGAGUCAUCAACUGUUCGGCCUAGCCUUGUAGCCCAGCAGCCGCCUCCUCCAUACUACCCUCCUUCUGGUAUGGAGAAUAAGGCUCUGGAACAUUCUCUUGAUCUGGCUCUGGAUGACCCCACAAAGAAUCCUGUUUAUGCAUCACAAAAUGGCUAUGGUUACCAUGGAGGGCAGCCAACACAGCAGGCCCACAACAUAAAUGGUGCUGAAUGGGUUAAUAUGGGCUAUAUGGACAACAGCUACUCCAAUUCUAACAAUGGAGGUUCAGUCAACUCACAGGAUUCUUUGUGGCAAAUGAAGAUGGCAGCCCAGGCUAAUAACAACAGUGGAGCUGCUAAUGGUGGCAAUGCUGAACUGCAUCAACGCAUGGGAGACAGGGGGAAUACCUAUGGUUAUGAUCCCCUUACACAUGGAGGUUACGGGGGUGUUGACGAUUAUGCACCUUACCCACACGCUUCAGCAACUGAACAUGAAUAUCAUGGACCAAGCAACCCUCCAAGGCCACAGGAUUUCAACAAUGAUCCUUAUGCAGCUGUCCACAAAUCCAAGAAGAGGAUGGAUCAGCACCUCGAUUCUCCAUACCAUGAUGUCAGUGGUCUGCCUGAUCCAUAUAUGGAUCAAAUGGAUUGUGAUGACAGCAAACCACAGCAUAUAUCUCUGUCUUUUGAUGAAAGCCUUGAAAGUGGCUAUUCCACACCAAAUUCCCGCAACAGGAGGGUAAUACGUGAAAUAAUCGUGUGAUAUAAUGUUCAAGAAGUCCAUCCGUGGCCUU